UUAUUAUAAAAGAUAAAAACUAUAGGAAAACAAACAACUCAUAACCAAUACUUUGCUUAUAAUUCUUAAAUGAAUUACUACUUCAGGCUUCUACUAAUUUUUAUUCUGUAAUAACUAGUAUAAUCUACUUAUUAGAACUGUAAAUAUGCUUGCUUAGAUAUGCAUUAGUAGUGUGCCCUUGAAGAAACUUAAUGCGCAACAUAUUUAUCAUCUAAUUGCAAAAAUCUGGUAUGCAAUUCUUGUUGUAUUAAGGAGGAUUUUAAUCACCACUGUGGGAAUUCUGAUGAAUGUGCUUCAUAUUCUAAUUAAUCACUAAACUAUAUUAUUAUUUUUAUCUCUGUUAUAGGUGGCAUUAUUGCUUUAAUUCUUUUUUGUUUAUUGAGGCGUCUUUGUGUGAAAAGAAGGAUAAAAUAGUAAUAAAAAUCUGAUUUAUAAAUUCCAGUAAAUACCAGCUCAGCUAAAGCUGAAUAACCAUAAAAUAUCUCAAAUAAUGCAGAUAGGUCAACUACAGAUAGCAGUUCUGCUAAUAAUAAUGAUAGUUUGAAUUAAGACUCAAUAUAUUUUUAUAACAUUGAUAAGAAAAAUAGAGGACUUAGUGAAGAGUUAUGA